AUGGCGACAGAAAUUCUUAAAAUUGCAGACGACGAUGACGACGUCUCCAUCCUCUACUCCACGCCGCCUCCCUUCAAGAGCGGCGCCACCAAAUCGGACGCCAUCUCCGUCGAUGACUAUCGCACGCGCAACGCCAAAAUCAUAAUCGACCUAUCUCAAUUGGACGACGUCGUCGAAAUCCCCGCCUCCUCCUACACCAAGCGGAGGCGCUUCUACAAGGGCGAGUCUUCCAACUCGAAGCGCGACGACGCCGUUCUCCGCCUCUCCUUCACCUGCGAAACCUGCGCCGACGAGAAACCCGUGAGCGACUCCUUCCGCGUGUCAUCGGCUGCGAUCACUUCUACUGCACGCGGUGCGUGUCGAAUUACGUGGCGGCGAGGCUGCAGGAUAACAUCAGCGCCGUGGGCUGCGCCGGCUUCCUGGAGCGGUGCGCUGAUUUUGGGGGCGGAGAAGUUUUACUGUCCGUACAAGGAGUGCUGA